ACCAGAUCGAGGAGAUAAAUGGGACUGAGUGGAAGGAUUGGGUAUCUGGAACGCGACUGAAGAAAUUUGUGGCGAGAGAAGAGGUCUGACUUUACGAAGACAGCCAUGCCAAGAGRAGGGAAGGGGACACGGCCGCCUCAGAGGCCGUUGGGUGCAUCAGGAGGAUACGAGCGGCUUGGGCCUCGCCAUCGAGAGRGUACUCCAGUCUACAGUGAUGGGGACAUCGAGCUAUUCCUGGACAAUUUCUGGGGGCAUGCGAGGCGUAUGGGCUGGACCGUCGCUCAGGCGAUUGAGAGAUUGAGGGGAGCAGGUAGGUUCGAGGAGCCCAUUGCCAGGAUUCGUAGGGAGGCAACGACGAGGCAGAAGGUGGAGAUGAAGAUGAAGGAGUUGCGACCCUCGCCUGUGGGACCUGAUGGCAGGCCGAUCCGCCUGGAGAUUGGAAAUGCGUCGGACUUCAUCCCCGCGUUUGAAUGGUUUAUGCAGGGACAGGGCAUACCGAGAGAUGAUUGGAUGCAGACGCUACCACUCUGGACCAGGAAGGCGGAAAGGCCACUGGCUAUGCAGAUCAGGGACAUGGCACGAGAUUGGGAGAGCUGCAGGGCACAUCUGAGAGAGGCCUUUCGACGGUCGGAGCUCCCUCAGCCCAAAGUUGAGAGGCGGCAGAGGAGUCAAAGAUCGAGGGACCCUGAACCCAGGGAAGUGAGGCCGUCUCGGGGAGGACGGAAGGCCCUAGCCAGGAGAGAGGAGGAGCCGGAGCAGGAGCCAGAGGUUGAAGAGCAAGAGACAUACCCUGAGUAUGGGUUGGGACCAGUGGAGUUCCAUCCUUAUGCCCUGGAGCAUCCAGACCUGGAAGAGCCAGCACCUGCUGAGCUGCGCCGGGAGCUGUGCCAACCUGAGAAGGAAAUGGAAGCAGAAAUCCCGAAGAGGGUCGACCUCCGCACAAGGGAAAGGGCGCCAGCCGGAGAAACGGCUGAAGAAAAGAGGGMGAGAAGAACAAGACGGAUAAAUGAGAUAUGGCAAGAGAGGCAGAGAUUGGAGGCGACGGGGGAGCUCCCGGAGCAGCAGCAGGAGAGGCAGAGAUCAGAGGCAGCAGGAGCACUCCCGGGUCAGCCACCCAGCGUACCAGCUAGGGCCCCGGAGAUUCCUGAGACGUGGAGAGACUUCUGGGAGCAGAGAGGAGAGGAGCUUCCAUCGCCAGUCAGAGCCGGGUUUGGGAUAGCCAGGAAGGCAGAAGAGAGGUUAGAUCGUAAAAUCAAGUUCCUGGCCAAGACCACUUUUGACCGGCACUUGUUAUUGGAGAGCGAUCUGACGGGGAAGAAGAUGAAGGARGUAAGCCAUGGAGUACGCCUGGAGGCUAUGGAGAUGGAAAUUCAGGAACUCAGGACCUUGGUGGCCAGCCAGGCAGCUAUCAUCGAGAGCCUGAGGCAGCAAACCUAGGAGAGGGUGGACAGGCCAGAGAGCAGCAGGCAAGGAGAGCAGAGGCAGCCGGGACAGG